AAGAAAUAAAGGCAUACUGAUAAAAGAAUAAUCUACAACUAUUUUACUAAAUUGACGUAAUUAUGAUGUUUAGAAUUAGAAGAUUAGAACACAAUCAACUACUAGUACCUAUAUCUCAUAGAUAGUCGAGUUGGGUUUCCCUAUUAAAACAGCACUUAUCAGUUUCACACGCGAUCUCGACUCGAUAGCUCGUAUGUUUACAGAAAAACAAUGUUGAAGAACCCUAAAUACGUGUACGGACCCCAAACUGUGUUAGUUCCCGCUAAUAUAAAUUUUGGUGACUAUGUUUUGGGGAAAAUGUGGCCGUUUAGACAAAAUGUCGCUAUGAUAAACGGAGCCACAGAUGAACACCUAACAUAUUCGGACAUAAUACAGCAAGCUAUGAACUUCGCUGUCUCCCUCACUCGUAUGGGCGUCAGAAAGGGAGACACGAUAGCUCUGUUCUCUGAAAACCGUCAGGAAUACUGGGGCGCGGUAGUAGGAGUAGCUUGCACAGGCGCAAUACUGACCACGAUAAACACAGGGUAUGCCAAAGAUGAAUUAAUCCACGUCACAAACAUAUCAAAACCAAAAUACUUCAUAAUAUCAUCGACAAUGUACGAGAUACACGCAAAGACGAUCAGAUCCCUGGAAUUCGUCAAGAAAAUCAUAGUUUUUGACGGCGCAAAGUUUCAAAACACUCUCAGUUUCGACGACUUGGUUUUCGAGAAGAAUGGACUGAUCAAAAAUGUUAAUUACGAGGAGUUUCAGUCUGUAGAAGUAGAAGGUCAGACGGAUACGUUGUUUAUUAUGUAUUCUUCUGGAACGACGGGUCUGCCCAAAGGGGUAAUGACUACGCAUCUUAAUGUUAUCACUGCGUGUGGUCUUCCAGCAUCCCACGACGCUAGCAAGAUGUCUCUCACCAUAUCCCCUUGGUACCACGUCAUGGGUUUGGUGGGCACACUCACUGCCCUGGUCACCGGCAGGACGGCUGUCUACCUCAGCAAGUUCAGCGUUGAUACUUAUCUGAAGGCCAUUGAGAAGUAUAAGGUAGUUCAACUGACAGUGGUGCCACCAGUAUUAGUAGCGGUUUGUAAAAACAAAUCGAAGUACGAUCUGAGUUCCGUCAGAAUGAUAUAUUCUGGGGCAGCGCCAUUGCACAAGGACACCAUCAAAGAUGUGGAAGCCACGUUCCCGAACGUAGAAGGAGUGUACCAAGGGUAUGGUGCUACAGAGGUCACACUAGCAGUCCUGCGGUACCAGUUUAAUGACCCCAUCAACAAACUAGGCAGCGUUGGUGUCAUCUCACCUAAUACUAUACUUAAAGUAGUUGACAUAGAGACCAGAGAACCAUUAGGCCCAAACCAGCGUGGGGAGCUCUGCGCCAAAGGGGAACUGCUCAUGAAGGGCUACGUGAACAUCGGCCGAGGGUCAGACUUUGAUGAAGAGGGGUUCUACAAGACUGGAGACAUAGCUUACUAUGAUGAGGACCGCUACUUCUUCAUUGUGGAUCGAUUGAAGGAGCUGAUCAAGUAUAAGGGGUUUCAGGUGCCACCAGCAGAAAUAGAGGCAGUUCUACUCCAGCACGAGGGUAUAAAAGAGGCAGCGGUAGUAGGCAUCGAGGAUCGCGCGGCUGGAGAAGUGCCGCUCGCGUUUGUGGUGCCGCAACCACGACAGACCCUGACCGAGAAGGAGGUUCAGAACUUCGUGGCGGAGAGGUUAUCAAACCCCAAACACCUACGAGGCGGAGUUCGCUUCGUGAACCAGAUACCGAAAUCUCCAGCCGGGAAACUGCUAAGGAAGGAUCUUAGGAAAAUGCUGAAGACUUCGAAGAGUAAACUGUGAACCUUCUGCCCUUUGACUUAAGAUAUACAUUGGCAUGGCUUCGAACCUUAAAGGAUUUUGAUGAACUUACAUGGUCUGCAUAAAAUUGCCUGUGGCAUCUUCCCAUACAGAGAAUUUUGCUGCUGUAAAUAUUAGAUAGCUGUAAAGAUUAA